CUACCAAUUGCGCCCAUCGACUUCGCUGCACGCCGACGCAGACACCUUACUCCUUGACCAUGGCUCCAUACGACUACGGCUAUCUGCCUCAGGCGGAAGAGGAUUCCAUCCAUAAUGUCGCGCGUCUCCUAUCAGUCGAAGCCAGGCCAUUCCAGCGCCUUACAUCCCGCCUUCUAAAGCCAGACUCCCUGAUCAACUCUCCGCCGACACUCCUCCCGACGCCUCCGCCAGACGCCUCGGCCGCCGAUGAAGCUGCUGCUGCCGUCGAAGUCGAGCGCGAGAAGCAGGCCGCACGCCGCAAGCUAUGGGAAGAGGAAAUGCUCUUCGACUUCUCGGCGUUCGAGAGCAGCAUCGUCCGCAUGCAGCUCAUCCACAACAGCAACCAGACGGAGCGCGAGCGAUACGCCAAAGAGAAAACGCGCAUCCUAGACACGGCGCAAGCAAUUCGUGACAACACGGUUGAGCUGCGCGUGCAGCUAGAGGAGGCACGUAAGACGCUUGCGCUGCGGAAAACGUACGAUGAGCUAGCGGACAAAAUCACCAUCAAGGAGAAGUUGAAGCCGAGGGAGGACCAGCACGCCGCACUGGAAAAAUUGAGCAACGAGAUCGAGGAGCUGCAGGAAGAAGGUAGGGAGUACUCGGUCAGCCGUGAUCGCAAGCGCGAGCAAUUUGGGAGGAUUAUGGAGGAAAGCAGGCUAAUGUUGAAGCUGAUUAAGGAUGAGAAGGACGAGGCCGAGCGGAAGGAGGGGGUGGGUGAUAGUGAUGAUGUUGAUGAUGGGGAGGGGAGCAUUAUCAGAAGUGCUGUGGGUACGCCGCGACCAGAUACGGGUGGUGUGACGCCGAUGCAUGGCACACAGGAGGGUGAGAGAGGAGAUAUGCUUGCGGUUCCGCGGACAAGGCUGGCGCCGCUUUCUCAGGGAAGUAGUAGGGCACCAUCUCCGUCAAGAUCGCAACAGGACACAGAAAUGGCAGAGUCGGGAAGAACCUCCGGAGACACAAGAGUGAGCGAUGAGUCAGAAAUGGAAGAAGGCGAGGAGGAGGAAGACGCUGGACCAGUUGACCAGAUGGAUAUAUCAUGAGACUCCUCAGUGCGACGAUUUCUGAUAUAAGCUUAGGAGCGACCUUGUUCAUUUGUUUUACAGCAUAGCGUGGAGUCUGGAAUUGCAUAGCACGGCUAGGAUAGGAACACUUUCAGAAUCAUAGUUAUUUCCUCUCGAACACUCCCGAAGUCCUCAUUCCGCAUCUACGAGAUCUCUUCGACGGCCUUCUUCGCAUCUGCAAGUGCGCUCUUUGCCUUGG